AUGUCUGAAUUUGAGUGGAAGGAAAGUCAACCGAAAUCCAGUUGGACUGAAUUUUUCACACGUAAUAUCGCUCGUCGUCAAUCAGCACCGUAUGUAAAAACAUGUUCAUCAGCACCUGGAUCUGUAAAUAUUGAGCGGCGAAUCAAUAAUCUUCGUGGAUCUUUACGUGUCACUAAGUUCAAUGAAUCAGAAGAUAAUUCGAGCGAUGUUCUCCGACGGGAUCGUAUUGCUUGGCAAACCAUAUCGCAACAUUUGUCGCUUCAAAUACAACAAAGACGUAGAUCUGAAUUAGCAGCUAAUCGCAAGCGAAUGCUCGAAUUCGACGAAGAAAACAGGAAAGAAAUCGUUCAGCGAAAGAAUCUGAUUGAUGAAACAAAACGUUCGUCAACAAUUAUCAAAGACAAAGCAGUUGAAUCUGUCGUAGACCUGGAAGAUGAGAUCUUGGAUGAAACAAGUGGACUGUUGAAAACCGAUGUGCAUAUUGUUCCGUUGGAGAAAUUGGUCGAUCGAUUCAAAAGUGAUUUGACGAAUGGUUUAACCGAUGAUAUGAUAACGCAACAUCGCGCUACUUAUGGUGAAAAUAAACUAACACCCGCACGUCCACCAAGUUUUUUCUGGAUGAUAAUCAAACAACUUCUAAUCGGUUUCAACGGUAUCUUAUGGAUUGCAACUCUGUUCGCUUUUCUUAGUUAUAAACCAUUUGGUGAACCUAAUCCUGACAUAAGCAAUUUAGGCUUAGGUGUUAUUCUUAUCUUGGUCAUCGUUUUAAAUGCACUAUUCAAUUUCUAUCAGGAGGUCAAAUCAAUGAAGAUUGUUUCGUCGUUUAUGAAAAUGCAACCAAGUAUCGCUACGGUGAAAAGGAACGGGAUUGAGACGCAAGUUAAUGCUGAAGAACUAGUUCCGGGUGACAUAGUUCGUAUUCAUCUUGGUGAAAAAAUUCCAGCGGAUUGUCGACUUAUAUCGUGUGAUGACCUGCAAGUCAAUACAUCGGAAUUGACUGGUGAAUCAGUACCUGUCAGCUGUACGAUUAAAUGCACGGAUCGAAAUAUCAUGGAAUCGACAAAUAUGGUCUUCUACUCCUCAUUGGCCGUACAAGGUACAGGUGAAGCUAUAGUAGUGAACAUUGGGGAUGCAACUGUUCUUGGACAAGUGGGUAAACUGACUCGUGGUACUGGCGAAUCAGAAAUAACCGGACUUCACCGCGAAAUUAAUCGCUUUGUUCUGUUUGUCAUUAUUGCUGCAUGCAUAUCUAUUAUUCUUCUUUGGAUAACGUGGGGUGCUUGGUUAAACAUAAAAGAAAAUGGAUUCGUUACUGUCAACGGAAAUAUUGUGAACUCGAUUGGUAUGGUCGUGUGUUUUAUUCCUGAAGGUUUACCAGCUGCGGUGACUCUUGUACUAACUAUCGUUGCCAAGCGUAUGUAUAAACAGAAAGUGAUGGUGAAAGCUUUGGCAACUGUGGAAACAUUUAAUUCUGUUUCGGUCAUCGCCACCGAUAAAACAGGUACAUUAACAAUGAAUCAAAUGACAAUCACAGCACUUCUCUGGGGAAAACAGGGAGAAUACUUGGUUCCUAUUCAUAACAACAAAAUCGAAAAUCAACCGUUCCCAAACGAUCGAAAACGAUCAUCGUUAGAUUCAGCAACUAUUUGCGGUGCUAUGAAAGAUCUGAUUUUUGGUUCGUGUCUUUGUAACAAUGCCGCUAAGCAAUCGGCUAUCAAUGGCGGUCACGUCAAUGAAAUUGCUUCUGAUGAAGUCGUGCAAUUGGUUGGAGAUGCAGCUGAUGUGGCAUUGUAUCGUUUAUGUACGAACAAAUGCUCAGUCGAUAUCGAACGAAUGAAACAAGUGAAUCCACGUAUUAAUAGUGUACCAUUCAAUUCCAAGAAUAAGUUCAUGAUUACCGCGAAUCUUCUUGAAAAGACGUCUGCUGACACCAAUACCGAUGACACGGUACUUAUCACACUCAAAGGUGCACCGGAUUUCGUUCUCUCUCGAUGUUCAACUUAUAAACAAGACGAUAACGAUGAAGCUUUACCAAUCACCGAGGAAUUUCGCAAUACGAUCCAAGAACGACAAGAAGAACUCGGCAAAUCUGGCUAUCGAGUUAUUGCUAUGCUGCAGCAAAGAAUGCCGAAAUCUCAAUACGAUCGUAUUAUUGAAGCGUAUCGCGAAAGUAAACAUCAACGACAAAAUCAACAAGAAAUCAUAUCUGACGAGCCUGACCUGAAUGGUUUACCAUCGAAUAAUUACUGUUUUAUAGGUAUGUUUUCUUUACUCGACCCAGCUCGUUCAGAAGUACCCGAUGCUGUUGUCAAAGCUCGUCGUGCUCACAUUCGUGUUGCUAUGGUGACAGGUGAUCAUCCCACGACUGCCGCUGCUAUUGCGAAGAAAGUGAAUAUCUUCUCCAAAGAAGUCAGCAUCGACGGUGGUAUUGAUUCGUUCAAAAUGGAACUGCAGACUCCAACAGGUCGUCCACAAGCCCAUUUCAUGCGUAAUAAACGAACCUUACUCGAAAGCCAUAUUAUAAGUGAUGUCAAGACAUCUAUCGAUACCAAGGGUAUUAAAACGACCUCGAAUUCACAAGUUAAAUCAAAUGUUUUCAAACGAAUGUGGAUGAGUUUAUUAUUCUACUUACGAGAUCCAAAUCAAGUUAAAGAUAUCAAUAAACUUAAACUCAUUCCAUAUGCUGUUAUUGUAACUGGUAACGACAUCAACUCAAUGGAUGACUAUAUGUGGAAUUGGGUGUUGUCUCAUCAAGAGAUGGUUUUCGCUCGCACAUCACCCGAACAGAAGUUACGUAUUGUCAUGGAAUUUUCUAAACGUGGUGAAGUUGUUGCAGUCACCGGUGAUGGAACCAACGAUGCACCAGCACUCAAGCAAGCUGAUCUAGGCGUCGCAAUGGCAGCUGGAACCGAUGUAGCUAAAGAAGCUGGUGAUAUGAUCUUACUUGAUAAUAAUUUUUCAUCCAUUAUCAAAGCGAUUGAAACUGGUCGAUUACUCAGUGAUAAUCUGAAAAAAGUCGCCAUCUACCUAUUACCGGGAGGUUCAUGGUCUGAAGUCAUUCCAGUUUUCUUUGCAACAUGGCUUGGUAUCCCACUUUCAUUAUCUCUCUUUCUGGCCAUCAUUUUCUGCAUGCUCAACGAUGUGGUGAAUUCAUUAGCUAUGGUUUCCGAGAAAGCUGAACAUGAUAUUAUGUCUCGUGCACCCGCUAUUCGCCAUAAAACUCAUCUACUCGAUUGGAAAUUACUCGUUCAUGCCUAUUUGGUCGUCGGUAAUAUUGAAUGUUUCGCCGCAUUCUUUUGUUUCUUUUGGUAUUACUCAUCUCAAAAUAUUCCUUUAAGCAGUAUCUUCUUCACCUAUGGCAGUUAUGGUACAAAUCCACCAAUUAAUAAAACCAGCGAUGAACUUACCAUUAUUCAACAAAAUGGUCAAUGUAUUUAUUAUGUCGCAUUGUGUGUCAUGCAAAUGUUUAAUUUACUUACAACGCGUACUCGACAUGUUUCAUUUUUUCAACACAAUCCAUUCUACGGCAAAGCACGUAAUUGGACGAUUCUAAUCGGUAUUAUCUUUUCGGCUGCAGUUGGCCUUAUUUUGACAUUAGUUCCAUGGUUUAAUUCAGUCUUCAAAACAGAACCUGUCGAAGUGAAAUAUGUUUGUCCAGCAAUAGGCUUCGGUGCAGCAUUGUUCACUUUCGACGAAAUACGGAAAUUUUUUAUUCGUCGUUAUCCAAAAUCAUUUCUAGCCAAAAUGGCUUGGUAA